UCGCGCAUGCUCAGUCGGCCUUUGCAGACGAGCUUCUGAAAUCUGUCAGUUCAGCGGACUGUCCUCACCGCAAAUACCUAACCUUAUUCAACUAUACUCAUUCACCUCACGUCACUUUUAAGUCCGUUUAAGUUGUUGUUUUUCGACACUGGUGUCUAAAGGAAGCCGUGGAGAAUGACGAGCAGCGUGAAGCGGAAAGAAGAAAAUCAUCUACAGAACGGGGGUGUAAAACAGUCCGCAUGGAGCAAAGCCUUCAACAGUAAUGCAGUUUGGGAGGAGAAGGAUGAGUUUUUAGAUGUCAUUUACUGGCUUCGACAAAUCAUUGCAGUGAUCCUUGGUGUAAUUUGGGGGGUUGCCCCACUGAAAGGAUUUCUGGGAAUAGCCAUAUUCUGCAUCAUCAAUGCGGGUGUCCUGUAUGUAUACUUCAGCAGCUUUCAGCAGAUCGAUGAGGAGGAGUAUGGUGGAACGUGGGAGCUCACCAAAGAAGGCUUCAUGACAUCUUUUGCUCUUUUUCUGGUGGUGUGGGUAAUAUUUUACACAGCCCUACAUUUUGACUGAAAGGAUUCACAAGACACUUUAUACGAACAUUUGCGUCAAUGGUCAAGGCGCACGGAAUCCAUGGCUUGAGAGGUGGCGACAUACCCAGUCGGACUCCUCCUCCGUGUGCACUGCAUCAUGGGAAUAGUUGUUUGAGAAUGGACGCAAUUAAAUCAGUUUCUUUGGGUGGGUUCUGUUUUAAAGGGGCCCCAACUUUCCAUUUGUCUUUCUCAUUUCCUCAAGAUGUUUUCAUUGUGUCUAAGAAACACUAAUCACAUACGUUAAUUGAGAUGGGUUGGUGUCGAUGUAUUAAUAGAAGUUAAUAUUUUUCACGACUUGGUACAGUCUUUUAUCUACUUUAUUUGGACUGAAGAGCUGGUCCAUCAAGUUCCAAGAUUAGUGCAACACCGCAACAGUUUUGGUUUUAUUUUUUUUAACAUAAAAACAACAAUCAGAUGUAUCAAUAAUAAUAUACAUUAAUAUUUGUCAGUUGCCUGUCUAUACAAAUAUUGCGAAAUUAUUAUUUGGGCAAGAGUACAGCCACCUCUUUUGUCAGCUACUGUGUGUCUGGUUUUAAAGGUGGAUGCAUUUUUUUCCAGGCAAGGCAAUAGUGUGGAAAUACUCUUCACAGAUGUAAGCUAAAUUUAGCCUGUUCAUAUAUCUCAUCGAGUCAUUUAUUAAUGAGCGUAGACGUAAUUUAAGAUUUGUUCUAUCACAUGUAGCUUCCAGAUCUACGUGUGAUCACAACUUGUUUUGAAAAUUAAUUUAAGAUAUCCUGUAAUUUCUGUAUCAUGAACAUGUCGACAACAUACGUGUACUUAAUGUACCGCUAUGCACCUUUGUUAUGUCAUGCCUGAUGGAACAUAAUGCUCAGUAUUUUAUAGUUGAGAACUUUUGUUCUGAGUUCUUACAAAGUUGUAAUGAUACUGUUUGCCCGGUGUUUAAAAGGAUUGUAUUUUCUGAUCAAAUCUUUUGGGAAUCAUUAAAAAGGCUUUAUUUGGCCUCCAUUUUAAAUUA